CGCAUUGCUAAUGCAAAUGUAGGCAUCUUUUUCUCCUUUUCGUUCGCUUUCUCUCGCCUCUUUUCCGAUUGCCUGCUCAGGCACACUUACACUCUGCUCCUCUCUCCUCGAGCCGCCGUUGCAACUCACAUUCGACGCAUGGCCUCGGCACCUUCAGGCGAAUCGGCUGCUUUUCGUGGCCUCGAUGCCUGGGCCAUGCUGCUCUUUCGCAACAUGAUGCAAACAAACAACCCUCUCAAGACAUACACAAACACACAGACAAACACAUGCACUCUCCGAUUGCACGAGGUGGGUUAACCAUGUCUGCUGGCUGGAUUGGGCUGAGAGACAGGAUGAACAACUCAGGCGAGCAGUGA